CUUAUGCAGAGGCAUCCUUCGAUUACAUGGAGUCCUUGUGCUGCACAUUGCUUGGACUUGGUGCUAGAGGACAUUGGGAAGAUUGGAUGGGUGAAGAAGGUGGUUGAAGAUGCAAAAAGUGUCACCAAAUUCAUCUACAACCAUACUUGGGUGCUUGCUUUGAUGAGAAAAUACACAAAUGGCAAGGACCUUGUGCGACCUGGAGUGACACGAUUUGCUAGCCACUUCAUCACUUUGCAGAGCAUUCUUAGUGCCAUUCCUCAUCUUAAGCAGAUGUUUGUGUCAGAUGCUUGGUUGGGGUCUGCAUACUCCAAAAGACCUGAAGCAGAGAAGAUUGUGACCAUUGUUUUUGAUGAUGGGUUCAAUAAAAGUGGAGAGGAGUUGACUGCGGUGACAGAACCUUUGGUGAGGGUUCUUCGUAUGGUGGAUGGAGAGGGCAUGCCAAUGGGUUUCAUUUAUGAGGCCAUGGAUAGGGCCAAAGAGGCCAUUUCACAUUACUAUCGUGGAAAUGCAAGAAAAUGUGAAAUCUUUUGGCGCAUCAUUGAUCGUAGGUGGACAAACCAACUCCACCAACCGAUACAUGCCUUCGCCUACUUUUUGAACCCGAAAUUCUACUUCUCUGAUUCAUUUAGGGCUGAUGAGGAGGUCAUGGCAGGUGUUAUUACAUGCAUUGAUAAGAUGACACCUGAUCCUGAGUUGAGAGACAAGGUUCUUGAUGAGUUGGAGAUCUACAAAAGUGCAGAGGGGAGACUCUUCUCAUCACAACUAGCAAUUGAUAGGAGAGGAAAACAACAACCAGGUAAAACAUUUAGUAACUUAGUUCAACAGUGCAAGAAAAAACCUACAAACUUGAUUGUUACAUUUUUUUCUCAAUUCUAAUAUUUCUAAAUGUUUUUUGUAGAUUUAUGGUGGGAGAAUUAUGGUGCCGGCACGCCUAAUCUUCAAAAGAUAGCUAUCCGUGUUUUGUCUCAGCCA